AUGCAGGGAGUCCCAGAAAGUCCUUCUCAAGAGGGAGUGUUGUUGCAUCUAGAGGAGCAGGGAGAGUCACGACCUCCCAGUGAAGUGUCUUUGCCCUCCACGGUCUCCUUGGAAUCACGUCACCAGUCCUGGUUUUCUGACUCUCCAGAGGAUGAUACACUGGAGGCUGUUGGUGCUGUCCUGGGUAUGCUGCCAGCGGGUUACCAUCAAUCAGAUGACAACCUUUUUGGCCAGCGCCAGACAAGCAGGGAGGAAUUCCUCAACGAGUUGAGAGGACAGCUGACUGAACAGGAGAGUGAGUGGAUGCGAGCUCAUCACCCUGUACCACAGCCUCUG